AUGUUCUUCGCCUCGCUCUUCACUGCCGUGCUCGCUGCUACGGCCUACGCCGACGGACUCACGUUCCUCAACGCCACAACGGCCGGCAGCCAGAUCACUUUCCCGACCGCCAACACUACCAUCCCGCUCAAUGGCACUCUCUAUGUCAAUUGGGAAUGGAAGGAGGACACAUCUCCGAAACUCAUGGUCCUCCUGGCCAACAAGAACACGACCAUCUUCCACCCCGCCGGCCACACGCCCGUCGGCACUUCGCUGAGCGGCAAGGGUCUGUUCGACACCCAGGAGCGCGUCCUGGCCAACAUGACGACCGUGAGCUUUGGCCCUGUCAAGCCUCCCGGAGACACUAGCAUCAACGCCGGCGGCACGUACCAGGUUGUGCUGGCCUGGGACAACAAGGGCGAAGACGCCGCGACCAACCCCUACUUCUUCCUCGCGUCGCCCAACUUUACUAUCGGCCCCAAAGCCGCACAGGAGCUCCCCGACAGUGUCAAGCCGUGGAACGCACCGCCUGCCAGCAGCGCGGUGGGUGCGGGCUUGCCAGCUCUGUUUGCGCUUGUGGCCGUUGGCGUUGCUGCUCUUGCCUAA